AUGUCUUCCCAGCAGCACCAGAGCCAGCAAUGCCCGCCCCAGCAGGCCCAGCAGCAACAAAUGAAGCAGCCCUGUCAGCCACCACCUGUCAAAUGUCAAGAGACAUGUACACCCAAAACCAAAGAUCCAUGUACUCCUCAGGCCAAGAAGCAAUGCCCACCCAAGGUCACGGCUCAGCAGAAAUGUGCCCCAGCCCAGCAAGCUCCCAGUUGUAAACAGAAGUAA